AUGUGCCGUUUCACGCAGACCGUCUACAGCUGCGACCACGAGCGCCUCGUGUACCACUGGAUGUGCGACAACCUUCGCAUCUCCGGUCGUCGCUGCGUGAGCCAUGCCAGCGACAUCGAGGCCAAGUUUGUUGCUUUCCACGUCGUUAGCUACCUGAAGGCCCGAUCCCUGUCGACUAAUGGCAAGGUCAUAGGCUGCCAUGGUUGGAAGGAGGACAGCGGCAGCGUCCCUCCGGACAAGUGUGUCUAG